UGACAAAAGAGUGCACAACAAUAACAAACAUCUCCGUACGGCCAUGGAAGCAAAACGGAGGAAGAAAAUCUCGAAAUUUAGAUAAAUUCCAGUCCGUAAAGUUGCUUAUAUCAGUGCGCAAAGGAAAGGUUUUGUACAGAAGCUGCAAAAACAAAAAGAAACAAGCAGAUAACACGCGAGGUAUUACACGCAUUGACUCUCGUUCGCUUCGCCUUCGUACAACUUCGCUGGCGCAAUGGGUGAACGUAAAGGGCAAAACCUGUACUAUCCACCGGAUUACGAUCCGAAGGCCGGUGGACUAAACAAAUGGCAGGGGACGCACGCGUUGCGGGAGCGGGCCCGCAAAAUUCAUCUCGGCAUCCUGAUCAUACGGUUCGAGAUGCCGUACAACAUCUGGUGCGAUGGGUGCAAGAACCACAUCGGCAUGGGCGUGCGGUACAACGCGGAAAAGAAGAAGGUGGGCAUGUACUACUCCACGCCCGUGUACCAGUUCCGGAUGAAAUGCCACCUGUGUGACAAUCACUUCGAGAUCAAAACCGAUCCACAGAAUCUCGACUACGAGAUUGUGUCGGGGGCCAGGCGGCAGGAGAACCGCUGGGAUCCGACACAGAACGAGCAGAUUGUACCGGAAACGAAGGAAGUGCAGCGAAAGCUGUUUGACGAUGCUAUGUACAAGCUGGAGCACGGCGCCAAAGACACAAAGGCGGCCGAGGAGGCAAAGCCCGUGCUGGGGCGAUUGUUUCAGCGCAACGAUUCCGUCUGGCGGGACGAUUUCGAGGCAAACAGUCGGCUGAGAGCACAGUUUCGGACCCGCAAGAAAGAAUUGAAACUGCAGGAAGAGAAGGACAAUGCGUUGCUUGCCAGAUCCAGCCUUGCCGUGGCCUUGCUUCCCGAGAGUGAUAACGACCGUCGUAUGGCACAACUGAUGCGACUGCAUUCGUCGAAAACCGUACACGAGAAGGAUAAAGAACGGCGAAACGCAAUCCUUAACCGACCCGUAUUGCCCUCGACGUGUUCCGCCAAACAGUUGAUAGGUACCAAGCAGUCUAAUGCCAAGCUAGAAUGCAAAUCCCUAGGCAUAGUUAAACGACCCGCUUCAAGUAUCGGAAAGCCAGACAGCUCAUCUGAGCAAAUGGAGCAGGAAAAAAGGCCAAAGCUAGUAGAGAUUGCGCCUGAAAAGCGGGCCGAAGCUACGACAACGUCAAAAGCUGGGACCGAAACGCGUCCGCAACUGUUGCUGUGCAAUUAUGGCUCUGGGUCAAGUGAUAGCGAUUAAGAACACCGAAAAGCCAAUAAAUAUUUCUAUUUAAUUUCAAUAAAACUCUUGUUCAUGAAAAUGUA